GGAAUCCUCCCGCCUUGGCCUCCCAGAGUGCUAGGAUUACAGCCAGUUGUGAACCUGGUCCUAAAAGAUGGCGGACGUGCCCAACGGUGAGCCCUGUGCCUCUCCGCUGGAGCUGUUCAACAGCAUAGCUACUCAAGGGGAGCUCGUGCGUUCCCUCAAAGCCGGGAAGGCACCAAAGGAUGAAAUUGAUUCUGCAGUGAAGAUGUUGCUGUUCUUAAAAAUGAGCUACAAAGACGCCAUGGGGGAGGAUUAUAAGGCUGACUGCCCUCCUAGGAAUACGGCGUCUGAGAGUAACUGUGGCUCAGAUGCCACCGAAGCCGAAGAGGAUUUUGUGGACCCGUGGACGGUACAGACAAGCAGCGCAAAGGGCAUUGAUUACGACAAGCUCAUUGUUCGAUUUGGAAGCAGUAAAAUUGAUAAAGAGCUGAUAAACCGAAUAGAGCGAGCCACUGGCCAGAGACCACACCGCUUCCUGCGCAGGGGCAUCUUCUUUUCACACAGAGACAUGAAUCAGGUUCUCAAUGCCUAUGAAAACAAGCAGCCGUUUUAUCUCUACACGGGCAGAGGCCCCUCUUCUGAAGCCAUGCACGUGGGUCACCUCAUCCCGUUUAUCUUCACAAAGUGGCUGCAGGAUGUGUUUAAUGUGCCCUUGGUCAUCCAGAUGACAGAUGAUGAGAAGUACCUGUGGAAAGACCUGACCCUGGACCAGGCCUAUGGCUAUGCCGUGGAGAAUGCCAAGGACAUCAUUGCCUGUGGCUUUGAUAUCAACAAGACUUUCAUCUUCUCUGACCUCGACUACAUGGGGACGAGCCCAGGCUUCUACAAGAACGUGGUGAAGAUUCAGAAGCACGUUACCUUCAACCAAGUGAAAGGCAUUUUCGGCUUCACGGACAGUGACUGCAUCGGGAAGAUCAGUUUUCCUGCCAUCCAGGCUGCUCCCUCCUUCAGCAGCUCAUUCCCACAGAUCUUCGGUGACAGGACGGACAUCCAGUGCCAUCCAUGUGCCAUUGACCAGGAUCCUUACUUUAGAAUGACCAGAGACGUCGCCCCCAGGAUCGGCUAUCCUAAACCAGCCCUGCUGCACUCGACCUUCUUCCCCGCCCUACAGGGCGCCCAGACCAAAAUGAGUGCCAGCGACCCCAACUCCUCCAUCUUCCUCAUCGACACCGCCAAGCAGAUCAAGACCAAGGUCAAUAAGCAUGCGUUUUCUGGAGGGAGAGACACCAUCGAGGAGCACAGGCAGUUUGGGGGCAACUGUGACGUGGAUGUGUCUUUCAUGUACCUGACCUUCUUCCUUGAGGAUGACGACAAGCUUGAGCAGAUCAGGAAGGAUUACACCAGUGGAGCCAUGCUCACCGGCGAGCUCAAGAAGAUGCUCAUCGACGUGCUGCAGCCCUUGAUUGCCGAGCACCAGGCCCGGCGCAAGGAGGUCACGGAUGAGAUAGUGAGAGAGUUCAUGACUCCCCGGAAGCUCUCCUUCGACUUUCAGUAACGCUCAUUUUGUAUAUGCAUAUAAAAAGAUGUCACGUAUCAGUAAUCCCAGCCCAAUCAAAGCACUGCUACCUGUAGACUUCUGUCACACUGCAAUUACUGGGCCUGAUGUCUCCAAGCCCCCUGAGUGUUCCAAGACUGUUUCUUCCUGUGACUAUCAUCACUUCUGUCUCUUGUGGGCAAGACACUGUGGGGUGAUAAGGGUGCUAGCUAACUUUGCAUGGUCAGAUAGAGAAUCCAGCUGGAGUCUCUCCCACAAAGCAACCCCGGGAGUGGAGCCCGUGCCUGGAAGUCCCCUGGCCAGCCUGCCGUGACCCACAGAGGACUGUCCAUUUGGAAACAUCCCAGGCUUCCAAAUAUACUGUUAAAAUCUAUGCUACAAAAAACUAUUCUAUGUAUGCAUAUAUGGAAUCAAAAUGUCAUUAUUGUAAAGCUAAAAAGUGUUUUGAAAAACUGAUAUAGGGAAGCUAAAUGAGCACAAGAUGUAAUUCAGCUCAUGCCAAAAAAAAUAAUAAUAACUAAGAGCUUUGCUAAACAUUUAACUAAGAAACCACCCAGCUUUAAAAGCUACUUUUACCGUUGAAUAUUGCACAGAAUUGGGCAACUUUUAUUAAAUUGAGUCUUGCAGGUGAAACUUCUCAGUUUACUUACUAAACUCCAGACCAUGCAUGUAUUCCACUCCAGAAAUCAUGCUCUUUCCUUUAGUAUACUAAUUUUUUGCCCACCAAAUAAUCCUCGACACUCCAUCCUGCAGAAACCAGAGGUGGCUUCACCCUGCCUGUGUUCGAUGCUGAGGAGAGACUGUGGCUUUUGCUUUGGCACUAGACUGGUGUAGAAGUCAGCAGAGCAGUGCCCUGGCUGUGUCCCCAGCGGCGGACAUGGCUAGAAAAGCGCGGUGUCAGCCCUUGAGGCCCUCUCGGGUGUCUGUGGGCAGGCUGCCUGGAGUCACAAACCACGUGCAGGCUUGGAAAAGCAAGGCCACAUCUCAGGGAAAGCCCUUGGUUGACAUGUCUGGGUCUCCUCUUGACGGCUUUGCCCGUUGGAGUAAAUAAACUUCCUUUGCUCCUGCC